AUGAUCGGCCUUAACGAGGAGAUACGCUAUUUGAUGCAGGUAGCAGGUCAUGCCAGGUGCAUAAUAGACGCUGGGUUCGGGCGAAUCAAGGCGCUUUACAGGCGAACGGACUGUGAAACCUUGAGCGACCUAGAAAACGUUGUUGCAUCUUCUUCAACUACAAAUGAGGCUGUCCUUUACAAGAAACCUGACGGGACCUCGAGGUUUGAAUGGCGGGAAUGGAAGACAUUUCUUGGGGAACAGUUUCGUGCACUAAAAGGAAUAAGGUCAUAUCAGCAGUUCCGAUUCACCUCUGAGUCGCCUGGCAUCAUUUUUUUGAAGAAAGGAGAAGACAACGAGGAGACGAGCUACUGUGUGUUCCGUGGUGGAAAUGUAUUGCGAAGUAGACCGCAGGAAGUACAAGCUGCUGGUUUAAGCCGCGAGCGCCAGGCAUACUUGGCAACUCACGUGCGAAAAUACUUGCGGGCGAAGAACAAGGACACAACAUGUCCGCUUUCUGAGGAAUAGUGCCAAGUGUCUGACAUCACUGAAUAAGUGGACAUAUUUUGCGUGUGAAUUGCUAUUGUGCUGUUGUUUGUUGUUAAAAUACAGAUUGUAA